UUUCACGAUUACGCUUUGCAAAGUUUUUGUAUAAAGAUUAUUAAAAGAAACCUAAAAGGUUGAUAUUUGAAGACAAUACCAGCGACAGAGAGCAGAGUUGGAAGACCGAGAUGGAGUGCUGAGGGGUCUGCGCGCCGCGGCCAAAUGCCUGGAGAAAAAGAACAAAAGGUGAUAAAUGGGCCAUAAAGAAAACAAAACAUGUCAAAAACCAUAGAAACAAUUGCACAUUAGUGCUAACAAAGAGUGAAAACAAUGGACAUACCCACACUUCAGACACUGGUUCCUGUACAUGGAAUUCCAUUGAGUAGUGAAAUUGCUGAAAACUGGGAAGCUGUGGAACAAUUUCAGGCCCAACCUGAUGAUUUGGUUAUUUCAACUUAUCCUAAAUCUGGAACUACAUGGGCAAGUGAAAUUAUCGACAUGAUUUAUUGUGGAGGAGACCAUGAAAAAUGUUGUCGAGAUACUAUACAUAAUCGUGUGCCAUAUCUAGAAUUUCGAAUUCCUGGAAUGCCUUCAGGUAUAGAGCAACUUAAUGCCACACCAUCCCCAAGACUAGUGAAAACACAUCUCCCCAUUCAGCUGAUGCCAGAGUCUUUUUGGGAAAAGAACGCAAAGGUUAUCUAUUUUGCAAGAAAUGCUAAAGAUGUGGCAGUGUCAUAUUAUUUCUUCCAUAAAAUUGUCACAGCAAUGCCUGAUCCAGGACCCUGGGAUACAUUCUUAGAUAAUUACAUGAAAGGAGAUGUGAGCUAUGGUUCAUGGCAUGAACAUGUAAAAGGCUGGUGGGAAAAGAGGCAUGAUUACAAUAUCUUGUAUUUGUUCUAUGAAGAUAUGAAAGAGGAUCCAAAGAGAGAAAUUAGGAAGAUGCUGCAUUUCUUGGAAAAAGAGAUGAGUGAUGAUAUUCUGGAAAAGAUUAUUUAUCACACAUCUUUUGAUGUCAUGAAAACCAAUGAAAUGGUCAAUUAUACAACCAUACCCAAUGAGAUUCUAGAUCAGACUAUCUCUCCCUUCAUGAGACAAGGUAUUGCCGGGGACUGGUAGAAGCAUUUCACUGUUGCUCAGAAUGAGAAAGUUUGAUGAAGACUACAAGUGGAAGAUGUCAGGCACAGAUCUUCCACUUCAGGACUGAGAUUUAAAGAACAGUUUACAGCAUCUUUUUCAUGGUUUAAUUCAACAUAACAGAUUCGAUCACAAAAGGGAUUUGCGGCCAAAUCUGCAACGUCUUCACCUACUACUGAUUGACAUGCUUUGCUGUGGUUUAUCCCCAAUCACUGAAAUAAUCAAUUUUAAUAAGAAACACCAUUUUGCACUGAAAGGACUGAGAUUUUGCUGAUGUUUUAAUCUUGUAUAAAUGAAUCACUAUAUUCAUAUAAACAGUCUUUUUAUUUAAAUGUCUUACAUUUAAUCCACAUGUAAUCGAUCUACAGAAUCCUAUAUGUUUUGCUCAAAUAAAUUUUUUAGCAUUCUUUGUAC